AUGCUGGUACAACUAGUUCCUUGUGCAGGGUCCAGGGAAGCGUAUUUACAAGGGGGAUGCUGCAAGUUGAAGAAACGGAUUGUUGAGAAGGACCAUAGGAACACACCACGUUGUUGUUUUUUUCCAAUUGUUUUCAUACAUGCCACUUACUGCCACUUGUGGUCUAAGGAUGUCUCAGGCUUGUGUAGGCGGUCGCAGGCAAUUGGCACAGCUUACUGUUUGGAGCUAGGUGCUUUGUUGUGGAGUCUUUUCCUUGAUGCUACUUUCGAAAGGUUGCCCUGGGAAAACCUGUUUACAGAAAUUUGCAUUCAGGCUGCUCAGACUGCGGCAGAUAUGAAGAAUGCUGGACCAGCUGCAACUGAGCUUUUUUCGAUCGCAAAGGUGUGGCAUUCCUUCAGUUGA